UUCCAGGGGAUUUCCCUACCAGAUGAGAAGAGAGGCUCCGUUCUUCCCCUGCAUCGGACAUCCCCGGGGUUCAAAGGGCAGGUCAAGACAGGCAGAAGUCACAAAAACUCGGCUGAAGAGGUUGUAGCUUCCGGAUGCCUUCUGGCCGUCGCCAUCAGAGGAUGCAGCGCCCGCCGGCAGGGGCGGCCGAGGAAGGUCGCCCUUGCCCCUGGGUGCUGCCACGCCCGAGCUGGGCCACCGCCCUGCGCCUUAUUCACCUGUUGCUGCUCAGUAUUGGGAUUUGCUGCUUGAUCAUCUGUGGCCAGUUAUGGAGGCCGAAGCAGACGCAGCUGAAUCCACUUGAGGUGCAUAUAGCUGAAUUACAGCUGAAUCUCACAGUUCCUCGGAAAGACCCCACCCUGCGCUGGGCAGCCGGCCCAACCUUGGGAAGAUCCUUCACUCGUGGACCAGGGCUGGAGAGGGGGCAGCUGUAUAUCCAUCGUGAGGGCAUCUACAGGCUGCAUAUCCAAGUGACACUGGCCAACUGCUCUUCUGAAUACAGCACCAUGCAGCACAGGGCCAUGGUGGCCGUGGGCAUCUGCUCCCCCGCGGCCCACAGUAUCAGCCUAUUGCGUCUGCCCUUUGGACGGGGCUGCACCGUGGCAUCCCAGCGCCUGACUCAUCUAGCCCUUGGGGACGUCCUCUGCACCAACCUUACCCUGCCUCUGCUGCCUUCCCGCAAUGCUGAGGAGACUUUCUUUGGCAUUCACUGGGUAUACCCCUGACCACAACUCCUGGAUGGCUUGUGGAGCUUCUAAAAUUGUUUUCUUAUUUUGUUAAUAGUAAGUUUUAUUCGUUGCAAGUUCUACAUAUUUAUAAAUGUAUAGUACACA